CGCAUCCAGUCAACCUUCACGGGUCCGUCGCCGCGAACGCGAAGCGAACGAAAGAGCAGGAAGCGCAGUCACCUGCGAACGGUUCGUCGCGCCAGGAGUUUCAACGUCAACCCUUGUCAAUCCGGCAAAUUGAUAUUCCGAGCGUAUCUCUUCCCUGGAUACACGAUCGUCAAGGUUACCAAGAAGGCGUAAUGUCGCGACUGCUUGCAAUCCUACUCCUCGCGAGUGCGGCCAUGGCCCAAGUGCCAUUCUUGGGAGUGUGCCCGGAUUUGGAAACGAUGCCAAAUUUCGAAAUCAAAAGGUAUUUAGGCAAAUGGUACGAAGUCGAGAGGUACUUCGCCCUGUUUGAGUUUGGCGGAAAAUGCGUGACGGCUAAUUACAAUAUGAGCGAGAGCGGCUCGGUGAACAUCGUCAACAAGCAGAUCUCUGCGCUAACCGGCGUCGCGUCGAGUAUCGAGGGCAUCGCCAGGUUAAUCGGCAGAUCCGAUGACCCUAAAUUGACCGUCACUUUUCCAUCCUUGCCGCUGCCGAUCGAUGCGCCUUAUUGGGUUUUAGACUCGGACUACAAGUCGUACGCCGUGGUGUGGAGCUGCACGAAUCUCGGAGUGUUCAACGUACGGAACGUUUGGAUCUUGACGCGGGAACCGAAGCCUCCGAUCCCAGUCUUGGAGAAGGCGUAUCAAGUCAUCGACAAGAGCAACAUCAGCAGAGCGUACUUCAUUCGCACGGACCAGAAAAAUUGCCCGAUCUCGUACUGAGGACAACCCGGGGCAACUCUCUACGCGCUCGGCGAGAAAAUGUAUCUUUCCGCGAUAUGGCGUUGUGUUUUUCUGCGAGCCAUUGCCGCGUUGAAAUGCCUGCGGAUUUACCUGUAACAUGGCCAUCAGCUUCGAUCAUGAUUAUAUAACCAGAAUCAUGACUUCAUAAUCAUUAUCGGCUGGUGGAAUUGACGUGAGACACGUGGGCAAAUAUUUAUCUAUUAAUAAUGCAUUCAAAGUGGAAACACAUCGUGUAGACGUAAAUAUUCAAAGCAGUAGUUUGCCGUGACUGUGAUUUUAGAAACGAGGAGACGCAUGCGGAGACAAUUGGAUUGUUAUAUAGAGCGAAAUUCCUCGAAAACGCUCACGUGCGAGACAGCAACCUCAUCUCGGAUAAAAUUUCACAUCUGUAUGCACAUUUGUACGAUCAUGUUCUCGAGAGAAAUAUAUUUAUUUUUUGUAUUUAUUUUUUGCAUAUAAGUAAGUUACAUCUUAUGCAUAUAUGUUAAUCUGGUUAACUGUGAACUUUAUCACUACUUAUUUAUUUAUUUGUGGCGAAAAUAUUAUGAUUAAGACUGACACGAUAAUAAUUUAUCUGUUUAACCGCUUAGCAAUCGAGUGAAAAAUAACUUUUCGUGCCAAAAGUGUGUUGGAUUUUUUUUUCAAAACUACACCCAAAUUUCAUUAUAACGGUUUUUGGGGUUCCUGAAUCCGAAUAUGAAAUCAGAUUUCUGAAAUUCAAAAUGGCGGAUCCAUUACAAAAAUACCAAUACCAAAACAAAAAGUUAUUUUAUUUGAAUGAUCACCGACACUCGAGGGUUCUUGAGGUUGCCGAACCCGAAUCUGAUGUCAGAUUUCCAAAAUUUAAAAUGGCGGAUACAAUAUGGCGGACUAAAACGCAAAAACUUAUUUUAUAUUAAUGAUACCCGAUAUUCGGGGUUUGUCAAAUCGCUGAAACCGAAUCUUGUCAGAUU